AUGUCCAUCUCAGAGGCUUCCGCCGGAAACUCCACAGAACCUGAAAAUCACCGUCAAGAUGUCCAGGAGACGUCUCGGAAACCCGAUGAGUCGUCUGCAGAUGAAGAUGAAUACCCUCCUAAAUCAAGAGUCCUCGUGACAAUCUUUGCAAUGAUGCUAACAUCAUUCUGCGGCGCACUGGACCGCACCAUCCUUGCCACCGCCGUACCCGUGAUAACGAAUCACUUCAAUUCCCUUGGCGAUGUCGGCUGGUAUGCGUCGGCCUACCUCCUAACGAUGGCCCCUCUGAUGCUCAUCAUGGGCCGCAUAUACACAUUCUACAAUCCGAAAUGGGUCUACAUGUCCAGCAUUGGCAUCUUUGAACUAGGCUCCCUGGUAUGCGGUGUCGCUCCGAACUCAACCGCCCUCAUCAUUGGACGAGCCAUUGCAGGCAUGGGUUCCGCGGGGAUCAUGUCCGGUGCGAUUGUCAUUGUGGUCUACCUCGUUCCCUUGCAGAAAAGGCCUGCCUACACUGGAAUGUUUGGAAGCGUGUUUGCCCUUGCCUCCGUCGCAGGCCCUCUCCUGGGCGGCGUGUUUACCGACAAGGUCUCCUGGCGAUGGUGCUUCUACAUCAACCUGCCUCUCGGUGGAGUGACGCUGGCCAUCCUCGCAUUGACGCUCAAAGUUCGAAACAACUCGACAAAAGCCCCAUUGAAGGAACAGAUUCACCAGCUCGACCCCCUGGGCACAUUGUUCAUCCUCCCUGCCAUCAUCUGCCUUGUCCUUGCUCUGCAGUGGGGUGGGACGACAUACUCGUGGUCGAACGCCCGCAUCAUCGUCCUCUUGAUUCUCUUCGGCAUCCUCUCCUGCAUCUUCAUCUACAUUCAACACUGGCGAAAGGAGCUUGCAACAAUCCCCCCGCGCCUGAUGAGGCACCGUGCCGUCGUCGCCGGAGCGUGCUAUUCCUUCUUCAGUGGUGCACAGAUGAUGUCACUGGUCUACUUCCUCCCGAUAUGGUUCCAGGCCAUCAAGGGCGCCUCGGCCGUCCACUCGGGCAUCAUGAACAUCCCCGCCGUUCUGGCCAUUGCCGUUGCAUCCAUGAUCUCGGGCUUCUCGACCCGCAAGUUCGGCUACUUCACGCAGUUCAUGUACGUCUCGUGCAUCAUGGCGACCGUCGGCGCCGGACUCAUCUCCACCUUCACCACGUCGACCACGCAUCCCAAAUGGAUCGGGUACCAGGUGCUCUGGGGUCUGGGGCUGGGUUUCGGCAUGCAACAGCCCAGCGUGGCAGCACAGACGGUCCUGUCUCGCAAGGACGUGUCGACAGGCGUGAGCAUAAUGUUCUUCAUGCAGACACUGGGCGGCGCCAUCUUCGUCAGCGUCUCCAACAAUGUCUUUGACAACAAGCUCUCAACUGGCCUGAAGGGAGUUCCAGGGAUCAACGCCGACCUCGUCACCCACACCGGCGCCACGGACUUGAGGCACGUCGUCGCCCCGGAAUACCUCGAUUCAGUCCUCGUGAUUUACAACCAGGCACUCCGGAGCGCGUUUUACGUCUGCACCGCCCUCACCGCCAUGACCAUCGUCGGCUGCGUUUUCAUGCCUUGGAUCAGUCUGAAAAAGGCGGCUGAGAAAGAAAAAGCAGAGGCCAAGGCGGCAAAGGAGGCAAAAAAGAUUGUCGAUGCGGACGCCGAUGGGAACCCAGGCGAGCAUUCCCAUCGUGUCGAGAGUGAAAAGAACACAGCUGAGGUGUAA